AGUAAAAGUAGGUCCGCCCCCGUCUCUUAAAUUUGCUGCGCUUUCCUUUUCUUCCGCUGCUCUGUGACUGCUUUUGAGUUUGCGACCCUGAAACGGAAAACCAAAGCAAAGCAAACCAACCCAUCUCUCUCUGCUUUGUAAGCCUUUAUAAUCCUAUUUGACAUGAAUUUCGAGCACCGGCAACGGAACAGCAGAGCUGCCAGAAGCUGACCCAGAUACCAAAACUACCCCGUUUGGACUCCCCUACAUUGCACUGCUUGAAAAUGGUGCAAGACGGCUGUGGCGGAGGACAUGCAGAGGCGGACAGCUGCGGAGGCCGCUCGGUUGUGGUGGGGGUGAAGCUGGACUCGAAGAGUAGAGAGCUGCUGACAUGGGCUCUGGUUAAGGUUGCUCAGCCUGGUGAUCGCGUGAUUGCCCUCCAUGUGCUCGGUAAAAAUGAAAUUGUUGAUCGAGAUGGGAAGUCGUCGCUUCUUUCUCUUGUCAAAGCGUUUGACUCUGUUCUUGCAGUCUAUGAUGGUUUCUGCAACUUGAAGCAGGUGGAUCUCAAGCUUAAAAUCUGCAGAGGAACAUCAGUCAAGAAAAUUUUAGUUCGGGAAGCGAAUUCAUAUACUGCAAGUAAGGUUAUAGUGGGAACUGCCCAGAACCACCAUAAAAUCCGGUCAUCGACCACCGUGGCCAAGUACUGUGCCAAGAAACUGUCUAAGGAUUGUGGGGUUCUUGCUGUAAAUAAUGGGAAGGUUUUGUUUAACCGAGAAGGCUCUCAAACAACUUACUGUGACCCCCAAGGAAGUGAAGAGCAUCGCCGGAACAGUUUGCUCAGCGCAUUUCACCGAUCAGUGUAUAAGUCUUCCAAAGUACUAAAUGAAGGCAGUGACAGUGUGACCUUAAAGGACACAUACGGUCAGGUUAAUUGUCAAAACUUGGAGCAGGGAUUAGCUAAAGUCUUUCUGGAAUGCUCGGAGAGUGUUGAGAGACAGAAAUGCUCAGUUUGUUCCCGGCCCUCGGUAGAUAGUUCUUGUCACCAAUCUGCAGAAGAGUCCUCGGAUGACGGUGAUAAUAAAUAUAUGGCUAUAGUGCCAGUGCAGAAAGAAGAGGCACUAGCAGCGAGCUCAAUUUCUACGUUGAUCAAAGAAUUACCGGAAGUGAGACCUGGUUGGCCACUGCUUCGACGGGCUGUAUUACCAGACCGACAAUCUCCAGAGAGGUCUUGGGUCCGGAAGAUCUCAGUAGUUCAGUGGGCAAUGCAGUUGCCCAGUAGACAGCAUUCAACUGCCAGCAAUUUCGAUGAAGGGAAAAAUAGUUGUGAUUCAGAUCAACCUUCCUGUUUGAAUGGUGAAAGUGGCGCAAUUGUUGCAGUGGGUGGUGAGGCAAUGACUACCCCACCUUCACCGGACUACAAUUCAAAAAGCCUGCCCAAAGAAUUGGAGGGACUGCAUGAAAAGUACUCUGCUACUUGCAGAUUGUUCAACUACCAGGAACUUCAGUCAGCUACAUCAUACUUCUUGGCCGAAAACUUCAUUGGGAGAGGCGGUAGCAGUCAAGUUUAUAGAGGCUGCCUUCCAGACGGCAAGGAACUUGCUGUUAAAAUCUUAAAACCAUCUGAAGAUGUGUUGAAGGAGUUUGUUUUGGAAAUAGAGAUCAUUACUACCUUAAAUCACAAGAACAUUAUUUCCCUUCUGGGGUUUUGUUUUGAGGAUAACAAUCUCCUCUUGGUUUAUGAUUUCUUGUCAAGAGGAAGCCUUGAAGAGAAUCUCCAUGGAACUAAGAAGGAUCCCCUUGCAUUUGGUUGGAACGAGAGAUUUAAGGUGGCCGUGGGGGUAGCUGAGGCCUUGGAUUAUCUGCACACCGGCAGUGCACAACCUGUAAUCCACAGGGAUGUCAAAUCAUCUAAUAUUCUACUAUCUGAUGAUUUUGAGCCGCAGCUCUCUGAUUUUGGACUAGCAAAAUGGGCAUCAACCUCAUCUUCACAUAUAACAUGCACUGAUGUUGCAGGCACCUUUGGCUAUUUGGCUCCUGAAUACUUCAUGUAUGGCAAAGUAAACGACAAAAUUGACGUGUAUGCAUUUGGUGUUGUACUCCUCGAGCUUCUUUCAGGAAGAAAGCCUAUAAGCAGUGACCAUCCAAAAGGCCAUGAGAGCCUAGUCAUGUGGGCCAAGCCAAUUCUAAACAGUGGGAAGGUGUCCCAACUAUUAGAUCCGCGUUUGGGCGAUAACUAUGACCAGGGCCAGAUAGAGAGAAUGGUUUUAGCAGCCACUCUUUGUAUCAGACAUGCUUCACGAGCUAGGCCCCAGAUGAGCUUUAUCGUGAAGCUUCUUCAAGGCGAUGCAGAUGUGACUAAGUGGUCCAGGCUGCAAGUUCAUGCCAUGGAGGAAUCUGAAGUGCUCGAAAACGAAACAUGUCCACGUUCAAAUCUGCAGUCUCACCUUAACCUUGCACUGCUUGAUGUGGAGGAUGACUCACUCUCCAUGAGCAGCAUUGAGCAAACUGUCUCCUUAGAGGACUACCUGAAGGGGCGGUGGAGCCGCUCAUCAAGCUUCGACUAACAAAUUCACAAGCACAACAAUGCUAGUAAUUGCACCUUCCCGUUUGUGUGAUUCAUUUGUAUAUUAAUCCCCACCGUGAAAAUAAGAAAGGUAAGAAAACAAUGGCUUUGACAUGUUGUGUGAGUGUUUGGGUUAUAGUUAUGGAUGGGUUUAGGAUGAGAGGUUGUUUGUGUUUGUGCCCUCCUCCUUCCCUAGCAGUCGUAAACUAGUCCUUAUUUGUUGGACUGGUUUUCCUGGUUGGUUUUUUUUCAGCUUACUUGUUGGUCUCAAUCAGACCAAGAGUUGGGACUGUUGUAAUGUUCAAAGAUGAAUAUGUUGUAAUUCUGGUUGAUUUUCA